AUGCCGUCGGCUGACGAGGGCGAGACCCCCUCUACUGGCGACCGCCGACUGCUCCUGAUCUCGAAUCGGCUCCCCAUCACCAUAAAACGGAAGGAUGAAGGCAGUUAUAGCUUCUCCAUGUCUUCCGGAGGCUUGGUCACCGGCCUAAGCGGCUUGAGCAAGACCACCAGCUUCCAGUGGUAUGGCUGGCCCGGCCUCGAGGUCCCCGAAGCCGAGAUCCCCGUCGUCAAGCAGCAGCUCAAGGAACAAUACAACGCGCAUCCCAUCUUCGUCGAUGACGAACUCGCCGAUAGACAUUACAACGGAUUUUCUAACUCGAUCCUUUGGCCGCUAUUUCACUACCAUCCCGGAGAGAUCACCUUCGACGAGAACGCAUGGGCGGCCUACAAGGAGGUCAACAUGUUAUUCGCCAAGACUGUCGUCAAGGAUGUCCAGGAUGGCGAUCUGAUCUGGGUCCACGAUUACCACCUGAUGCUGCUCCCCGAGAUGCUGCGCAACGAGCUCGGCGACAAGAAGGAUAUCAAGAUCGGCUUCUUCCUGCACACGCCCUUCCCGAGCAGCGAGAUCUACCGCAUCCUGCCCGUCCGCGAAGCCCUGCUGGAGGGUCUCCUGCAAUGUGACCUGAUCGGCUUCCACACCUACGACUACGCCCGCCACUUCUUGAGCUCGUGCUCGCGCAUCCUCGAGGCGGCGACGACGCCCAACGGCGUCGAGUACCGCGAGAGGUUCGUGACCGUGGGCGCGUUCCCGAUCGGAAUCGACCCGGAGAAGUUCGUCGAGGGACUCAAGAGGCCCAAAGUCCAGGAGCGCAUCGCGUCGCUGUCGCGCAAGUUCGAGGGCGUGAAGCUGAUCGUCGGCGUCGACCGCCUCGACUACAUCAAGGGCGUCCCGCAGAAGCUGCACGCGCUCGAGGUCUUUCUGACAGAGCACCCAGAGUGGAUUGGCAAGAUCGUACUCGUGCAGGUAGCGGUGCCGUCGCGGCAGGACGUCGAGGAGUACCAGAACCUGCGGGCGGUCGUCAACGAGCUCGUCGGGCGGAUCAACGGCCGCUUCGGCACGGUCGAGUUCAUGCCGAUCCACUUCCUGCACCAGAGCGUGCAGUUUGACGAGCUGUGCGCGCUGUACGCCGUCUCGGACGUGUGUCUAGUGAGCUCGACGCGCGACGGCAUGAACCUGGUGUCGUACGAGUACAUCGCGACGCAGCAGAGCCGGCACGGCGUCAUGAUCCUGUCGGAGUUCACGGGGGCGGCGCAGUCGCUCAACGGCAGCCUCAUAGUCAACCCGUGGAACACGGAGGAGCUCGCGAACGCGAUCCACGACGCCGUCACCAUGUCGGCCGAGAUGCGCGAGGCCAACUACCGCAAGCUCGAGCGCUACAUCUUCAAGUACACGUCCGCCUGGUGGGGGCAGAGCUUCGUCAACGAGCUCACCAAGGUCAGCAGCGCCGACAGCCACGGCGUCGACAGCAAGUCCCCGCCCAACGCCCGCCCCGUCCUCGGCGACGACGGCAGCCGCGCCCUCUCGGGCGUCUUCGAGAGCGUCAAGGUCGCCACGAGUUCCGCCGCGCCUUCGGGCGGCGCGCUCGGCUCGCUCAAGUAA